CCUGCGUUCAUGGUGACAGCGUCCGUCCUCUGCCUCUGUACCCCUUUCAGUUCCCCGUGGCCUUGCGUUGACGGCCUCGGAAUACCACCACCACAACACAAGACCACCCUCGAAUGCGGGUGGUAGGGCAAACCAGCAAAAGGCAUGAGCGUUGGCCUGGGCGAGUGGGAGGCGGGCGUAGGAGGCGGGAGGGAGGCGACCCGGGAUCCCGGACCACGACUAUCCUCCCCAAGGGCCCGUCCGUAAAAAGCUUCGGUCGUUGCCAUCGUGGCGGGUUUGCUGGUUGCCUUGCCGUAUCACCCCCUUCGUCAUGCUGCCCGCCCAUCCCGCAACUAAGCAGGAAAGGAGAGUGGGGGAGGGCCUACUGUAGUCGCAGUCGCACUCCGCGUAUGCGUCAUGUCUGUGCCUGUGCCUGUGCUGUUGCCGUUGCCGUUGCUGUGCGUUCAUGGGCGCUACGUUACGUUACGCAUGUGCGGUGCGGUGCGGUGCGGUGCGGUCUUGAGCGAGUCCUGCGCGUUGCUCCGUCACCACACACGGGUUCUGCAGCGGCUGGACACUUUGAGAACCAACUGCCUCCCCCCCCCUUUCCCUGCUUGCCCGCUGGUCGCUCCACACGUCGGCGAUGUCGUGGGCCAGCGCGAGGCGCAAAAGGGCGAGCGGCCGCCCUCGGGUUCAAAUAAAUAAAUUGUUAAGCUGACCGAGUUUCUUGAACCCGCCAGCCACGUCGGCCUCCCUUCCCUUAGCUUCUGUUUAGACUUCUGCUGCUGGCGCUGGCGCGAGACUAUCGUCCUAGUUCGCACCAUGAUCGCCUCGAAAGGGCUCCGCCUUUUCGGACCUGCCCAUAUUCAUGCUUGUGCCGCCUCUCCCGGUAGCUUGCCACCGGUGCGACGUGUGCGUGGACGCUUGCGGCGUCAAGCCUGGCAUCCCAUGUGCAGGUUGUCGAAGAGGGGAGGAAAAAGAAAAGGGGGGGCCCAG